AUGGCAACGCUGGUGGCAAACCGAGCGAUGGACGUUAACAGCAUCGGAGCUGCUGCGAGGACACACACCCAAGCUGUGACGAGGAAUUACAUCUCCCAGCCGAGGCUAACCUAUUCCACUGUGUCUGGAGUCAACGGACCUCUGGUUAUCCUGGACCAUGUGAAGUUUCCCAGGUACGCUGAGAUUGUUCACUUGACCCUCCCAGAUGGCACCAAGAGGAGCGGGCAGGUCCUGGAGGUUAUCGGGAGCAAGGCGGUUGUUCAGGUGUUUGAGGGAACAUCGGGGAUUGAUGCCAAGAAGACGGCCUGCGAAUUCACCGGCGACAUCCUGCGUACCCCAGUGUCAGAAGACAUGUUGGGGCGUGUGUUCAACGGUUCAGGCAAACCCAUCGACCGCGGUCCAACCGUUCUGGCCGAAGACUACUUGGACAUCAUGGGUCAGCCCAUUAAUCCUCAGUGCCGUAUCUACCCUGAAGAGAUGAUCCAGACGGGGAUCUCUGCCAUUGAUGGCAUGAACAGCAUUGCUAGAGGGCAAAAGAUUCCCAUUUUCUCUGCUGCCGGGCUGCCCCACAACGAGAUUGCUGCUCAGAUCUGCCGGCAGGCGGGCCUGGUGCAGAAGUCGAAGGACGUGAUGGACUACAGCGCUGAGAACUUUGCUAUUGUCUUUGCAGCCAUGGGGGUCAACAUGGAAACUGCUCGCUUCUUCAAGUCCGACUUUGAGGAAAACGGCUCCAUGGACAACGUCUGUCUUUUCCUCAACCUCGCCAAUGACCCCACAAUUGAGCGCAUCAUUACCCCCCGCCUGGCGCUGACCACAGCAGAGUACCUGGCUUACCAGUGUGAGAAGCAUGUUCUGGUCAUUCUCACUGACAUGAGCUCCUACGCUGAGGCACUCAGAGAGGUGUCUGCUGCCAGGGAGGAGGUGCCAGGCCGUCGAGGAUUUCCAGGUUACAUGUAUACCGAUCUGGCCACCAUCUAUGAGCGUGCUGGUCGAGUAGAGGGAAGAAAUGGCUCCAUCACCCAGAUCCCUAUUCUGACGAUGCCGAAUGACGAUAUUACCCAUCCAAUUCCUGAUCUGACUGGUUACAUCACAGAGGGUCAGGUCUACGUGGACAGGCAGCUGCACAACAGGCAGAUCUACCCUCCUAUCAACGUGCUGCCCUCUCUGUCUCGUCUAAUGAAGUCUGCCAUUGGUGAAGGGAUGACCAGGAAAGACCAUGCUGAUGUGUCCAACCAGCUGUAUGCCUGUUACGCCAUCGGUAAAGAUGUCCAGGCCAUGAAGGCUGUGGUGGGAGAAGAGGCCCUUACCUCCGAUGACCUGCUUUAUCUGGAGUUCCUGCAGAAGUUUGAGAAGAAUUUUAUCGCUCAAGGCCCGUAUGACAACAGGACUGUGUAUGAAACCCUGGACAUCGGUUGGCAGCUGCUGCGAAUUUUCCCCAAGGAGAUGCUGAAGAGGAUUCCUCAGAGCACCCUGGCCGAGUUCUACCCCAGAGAAUCUGCUGCCCGUCACUAAGGCGCCCUUCAAAGUGUUCACCCUCUCCUCUCCUUAGCUGGAAGCUUGUCAUCAAACCUCCUUUCAUCUCCAGCUUUACUUUUUUUUUUUUAGCCUCCAGUCUGUUUGUUUCCAUGAAUCACAUCUGCCCUUCAAACACCACCCACACCUCCCUCCCUCCCCCUCCAUAAGGACAGAGACCUUUCCAGUAUGUGACUCUGCUGCAGUUUAUCUGUGUUCAUGAGUGGAAAGUUUUGGUGGUUCUUCUAUCGACUUUUAAGUGCAAACAGUGAGCAUAUCGAUGUAGUUUUAAAUCGGUCUCUAUUUAUUCUGCUCCUCCAUCAAUAUUAUUUUUAAUGAAUGCAGCUUGUUGGAAACCAGAUAAAGAUUUAUGUAUAGAUUAACAGAUUAAAACAUCAUUAAAUGGACGUAAUAAUCCCGUAUUGCUGGUUUUAUUGUCAUGUUGUUUUCAUUGCUAUUUGCAGGAAGCUGCUUUCUGUGUUUUUGGUUUUUCUUGUUUUUUUGAGAGGUGUUCAAACUCAAAUAUAUUACAGAGGUUUCACUCACCUAUCAGAUAAAGAUGUAUGUUUACAUUAUUUGUGUUUGUUGGUAAAAGUAUAUAAAGAAUAUUGAACAUUCCCCCAAACUAUGUGCAGAAAUGAAAUCUUUGUUGUGGAAAAUGAUCCUUGUGAGUUUGUGUCUGUGAAUAAAUUAAAGUCCAUGAAAACA